UGACGUUCUUAGUGUUGAUGACGGUGGCAUCGCAAACGUACGCUAGUGCGAUGUUGGGAGUGCCUUCGACUUUACAUUACACCGACAAAUACCUGGGCUAAUCUGCUUUUGAAAGUCAAAAUAAAGUUUCUCAAGGAACCGCGGAAACUUAGCAACAGGAUCACGAGUUUAUUUGUAGUAAAAGGUGUUCUUGACGGCCGUAUAUUUAUCUUCUAGGCCUGCUGCGAUUCCAGACUCCUCGGGCUAACCAAUGGACCUUGGGCCGGGAACAAGUCGAAAACGCAGGAAAGAGUUGUUAUUGUGACUGGCUACCUUGCUAACGAUAGCUAAUUCCCGGUUGCCUCUUUUUGAACACUUACGGUGGGGUAAGAUAACAGCGCUGUCUGUAAAAUACCACAGGCCACAGUCUGUGAGCUUGAUUUCCUUAUCUUGCGUUGAGGAGGAAUUGCGUCUAGGAGAUUUCACUCACUAGCUAACCUGCCAGAGUUGGAGAGCUUGGUAGUAAGCUCUGGUUGCCAUAUGUUUAGGCACAUGUGGCAAGCCAGCUAAGUUACAAGCCUGUUAGCUACAAUAGCUUAUCUGAUUUGCUAGGUAACUUUGUGGCAGGCUACCUCGCUAGUUGACCGGCUGGUAUCCCCAGCUACCGUUUGUCAACUGCUAAUGAAUUUGGUCAUUUUCUUGGCUAGAUAGCUAGCUAAAUGGGAUGAAUAUUAUCCCUUGCUUUCUGGUCAAGAUGCGAAUAAAGUGACAUUAGUGAAAACAUCUGAUCCUGGCAAGCGAUUGCUAGCUUAAUCGGUAGCUAGCUAGUGCUAGCUAAAUCAAUCCAGGCCUGUUAUAUAGCUAGGUAGCAAUAUUUUGUCAUAGUGGCGGCUAGCAAGUUAAUGAAUGUGGAUUUGAUAAUGACUGGGCAUUUGCGUGGCACAGCAAAGAUUAUUUUUAGUUGUUCCCUAUAGCCAGCUAGCUAAACGCUGGCUGUAACUUACAACAUUCAAAUAAUCUUCCUUUGCAUUUGACAUCCAUCUGAACCCCUGUUAGCUAAGUGGUAGAAGUUGACAUCUACAUUCGUUACAUUAAUUCAGUGCAAUUUGUAAGAUUAUGGCCCUUGCUAGUUAGCCAAGUGUUCGAGUGAAGUCCUCAGUCCCUUUGUAGUCAGUCUAUGCAUUUUGUUUACCUUGGAUUUUAGCUAUCUAUUUUUUUACAUCGAUUAUUGGUAAUUGCUUUGAUGAAGCCAAACUUUGGACCUUGGAUGUUGGUCUUUAGUGAAGUGCCGGAUUUUUUGUUUUCAUUUGCUUUUUUCGGGUUUGUUGAGUUGACCAGUUUUAGAAUACCAGCAGUAGUGCCAAUAGAUCGUGUCCACUAGAAACAAAAGAAACAAUGAAUCGCUACCUACCAGUUGCGCGACAGCACUUUCUGACGGCAUUGGCCAGCACCAGUGUGGUAGUGAAGGCCAUCUGUGCAGCUGUCCUUCUGCUGUACUUGCUGUCCUGGGCAUUGGACACUGUUUACGUUCUGGGAGUGACGCCCGGCUACCUCUUUCCCCCAAACUUCUGGAUCUGGACCCUGGUGACACAUGCGGUGGUGGAGCAGCACCUGCUGGACGUUGUGGUCAGCUUGGGGACCAUGAUUGCAGCCGGCCGGCUGCUGGAGCCCCUCUGGGGGGCGCUGGAGCUCCUCAUCUUCUUUGCCGUGGUGAAUGUCUCCGUGGGCCUCCUGGCUGGCUUCUCCUACCUGCUCACUUACGUGGCCACCUUCAACCUGGACUACCUGUUUGCCGUGCGUGUGCACGGCAUGCUAGGCUUCCUGGGAGGGGUGCUGGUGGCUCUCAAGCAGACCAUGGGGGACCUGACCGUGCUGCACGUGCCCCAGGUCAGGCUCAAGGUGGCCCCCAUGCUGGUCCUGCUGGCCCUGGCCGUGCUGCGCCUCACCACCCUGCUGGAGACCACGGCCCCACUGGCCGCCUACGGCUACGGCGUGCUCUCGGGCUGGGUCUACCUCCGCUUCUACCAGAAGCACAGCCGCGGGCGAGGGGACAUGUCGGACCACUUCGCCUUCGCGUCCUUCUUCCCCGAGAUCCUCCAGCCGGUGGUGGGGCUGGUGGCCGGCCUGGUGCACAGCAUCCUGGUGAAGAUCAAAGUGUGCCGCAAGAUGGUGAAGCGCUACGACGUGGGGGCUCCCUCCUCCAUCACCAUCAGCCUGCCGGGCACAGACCCCCAGGACGCGGAGAGGAGAAGACAAUUGGCCCUGAAAGCCCUGAACGAGCGGCUGAAGAGAGUGGAAGACCAGUCGGCCUGGCCCAGCAUGGAGGACGAAGAGGACGAGGAUGAAGAUGAGGUCCGAGCCGACGUCCCACUCCUGUCGGGUCGGGAGACGACAUCACCAGCAGGAGGGGCGAGCUCCAGCUCCUCAAAGAGCCCCACAGGACAGGAAUCCAGCAUCAUCAGCUUUGAGGAUGCCCCCUCCAACUCCUAACACACGUAUAUACACACUCAGCAGACUGAGCUUCUAUCAGCAUAUUGUAACCCCCCCACCCCAAACCAAUGCAUAAAUGCUUAUUUACACACUGAUACACACAAGUGUCUGACAGGACAGCUCUGAGGACAUCCCAGCAAACCGGACCGGUCCAAACCAACACAUGCGUACACACUCAUCCACAUUCAUGCACUCAGUGUCUUCAGGACCACUUUGAGGAUGCUCCCUCUAAAUUAUUACACACACAAACACAUGCAGAGGAUCAAAUGGCCUGCUCCUGCCCUGUACACUCGCAUUUACCCUAGCUGUUGUGUGACAGACAGGGGACAGACUUUCCGAUUAGGUUUGGUUUGGACAUAAAGCCAAGAAUACGAUACACAAUGUACAAAUGUUCACACCGUUUUCUUAAGUCUCUUUCUGGGCUUUGGAGGGACGAGCAGGUAACUAUGCUUCGGUUGCAUAGGUUUGCAGCCGGGAAGAGCUGAUCUCUCUCAGCGAGCGAUGGCCCUCCCGCAGACUGGCCACCGGACUACUGCUCUGAAGAGCGCUCUCUCUGGAGUUCAGAGGCUAAGCUCUGUUCUGCCUCUCCUUUCCGGCUGAAAGCACUGCAGUGUCGCUGUUUGGUAGGUCGCCCUUUCGUGCUGGUGGUUAGUCAUGGUCGCGUCCUUUUUGUAAAUCUUGUUCUACUCCACAGACGACAAAAAAAAAAAAAAAUCAGUAGCCUUUAGAAUUGCCUGCAGUACAGCCUCCAUACCCCUUUUUUUCUUUGUUUGAUGACUUAUAAACCUUGUUUGUACCGAUGAAUUAAUCUUUGACCGACGUGGAAGAUAUAUAUAUAUAUAUUUGAUUUAGCUUCCUUCUCCUCGGCUUGCCUCCCCAUUUAUUUCCGUGUGAUUGUUGCUUUGUUCGCAGAGCCGUUUAAAAACGUUUUCUGGUAGCCCAGAAAAGCAUUGUCCUAAAACGCAAUGUGGACCUCUCAUUGUCCUUACAUUUAUUUCGGUCUGAGGCAACCUGCUGACAAGCAGUUGUAAGACUUCAGCUCUGCAGUCAUAAGCUCUUUAUAACUGGGAUUAGGUGCCUGUUCUAGCCUGCCAUAAAUGGAGUACAUAUGUAAUUGAGUCACAGAUGUUAACACACUUUGCAGUAUUGUUCAGAAGGCGCCCGUGGAGUCCUCACCUUGCUAGACAGCCGAGGAGAGCCAAAUUAAUGAGCUCUUUUCACACUUUUCUUUCCUAGGAACUUGUUGUCUACAGCAGCUCUACAGAAACUAACCUAAUACACAGCUAAGAACAUGGCUCUUAACUCACUAUCUGAGUGAGACGUAGAGAAUGCUAAUGUACAGUUUGUGCAGUUAUUGGAAAUGUAACCAGUGAUGUCAGUUCUUUUAGUUUGUAUCUGACACUCUGAACAUUGGGUGAGGGGUGUACAUUCUUCCAUCUGACUCUGUUCUCAAUGAUUAUGUGUUUCUAUCUACUGUGGCUGUUGCACAGGCACCUUCCCUGGACUACAUCUUUUCUUUCUCUCUGUAUAUGGAAUAAAGGACUUUCAAAUUAUAA